UUAUAUUUGUUUUUACGAUUAGAUUUUGAUGAAUGUGGUGGAGACAAUAACCAUUGUCAUCAGAACGCCAUCUGCACAAACACUAUUGGCUCCUAUAGCUGCCGGUGCUCCGUAGGAUAUGCCGGUGAUGGCUUGCUUUGUAGAGGUAUUAUGUUCGAAGCCCCAAGUUGUAGUUUUUCGUUUAAUUCGUGAAGCAUAAUUAUUAAAAAACCUCAUCCAAUGGUAAAGAGACAUCUCUUGUGAGUUUAAGGCUAUGCUUUUACCGUAAAAUUGUGUGAAAAUUUAUUUGGGUUUAAAUACGGAGCAGCGUAUAAUAGUAGUAAAAGUAGCAAAACAAGCGUUUAAUUAUAGGCUAGUAUAAUUUAGGAGGGAGAUCUUCUCAGCAACUUUUCUUUUUCCAAUUUCAGAGAUGAUAAAAUUUGGACAUUAACCUAUGAACAACACUGAGCAAUAAAGUUUAUUAACUAUCCUAAUUUUAUAGUUCAUAGCUAUACAGACCAUAGAGUAUAGUUUUGAAUACAGCCCAAAAAGGGAACUAAAGUAGGUAUGGUUGUUGAUUUCCCUGCAAUUUCAAAAUCUAACCUCUCAUAGACUGCGUAGCUUUCCGCUCUGGUUACAACUUUCUCAACAAACUCGAGCGGGGACGCCUGUUAGAUCUUGUUAGGGAGGCUAAAACUUUCGUGGAUUUAUUUUAAGAGGCUUUCUUGUAUGUUGAUGGGGCUGGUAUGCCAGAAGCUUCAAACCGUCCUACGGUACUUUGAAUUCCUUGAAACCUUUUAAAGACUUUUUUUUUUGCUCCAGAUAUCGACGAAUGUUCCUCAGGUCACCAGUGUGACAGCAGUGCUACAUGUUAUAAUACUGAUGGAUCCUACACGUGCACAUGUAACAGCGGCUUCACGGGGGAUGGACGAACCUGUCAAGGUAUAAGCCUUUGAACAAAUACUGAAUACUAUAAACGACAGCUCUGUAAAGCAUUUCAAUAAAUUAGGUUGGCUGCCGUAGGUGACAUCAUGCGUAUAAGAAAACUUCUCAUUCUACACAAAGGGAGUCAAGAUCAUCGUCCUGAUGAUUUUACGUCCUAUUUCAAACAUGUCAUAUAAGUCUUCUUAUCUUCCAGAUGUUGAUGAAUGCUCCCUCAACACCCAUGACUGUCACUCCCAUGCAGUCUGCACUAACACAGAAGGGUCAUUUACUUGCAAGUGCGACGUGAAUGCGCAUUACAUUGGUGACGGGAAAACAUGCACUCCUCAUCGUAAGCCAAAUUAUAUGUUUUACUUCAUUUUGUUCUCUUCGUUUUACCACUCUGCCAAUUGUUAACUUCUAUUUUGUGGGAAAAGGUAUCUACCAAUGUUUAUGUUGCCAAAGAGCAACCCCUCACCUGCCUGUCGAUCAUCUUGAUUAUGCUCUUGUCCAGGAAUAUACUCUUAAUGAAGUUUCAAAUGCACCGAAAGCGAGAUCUGCUCGUUUAUUAUUUCGAUUGCUUCAGAUUUUCUUGGGUACUUUAAUUUUGAGUGUAUUUUAGGCUAACCCCGCCGAUAUUUUUAAUUAGUCAAGUGUUUUUUUUUUAGGUAUAGCAAAUACUGGAGUUGUUGUCAGUUUCCGAAAUACAGUAUCUUUUAAAAGGAUGAAUUUCUGAUUUACUUUCUUCUUACCAGGUGGCCUCGAUGACUCCGCUAUUUUAGCGAACGAUGCCAGCAAGAUAUCGCAGUUAAAUACGUGGCUUCUUCCGCACUUACAAAGUCCAGACAGAAGUUAUUGGAAACUGUGUUAUAGGGCCUCCAAUCAUGGCUGGAGAUCACGGACCUUUCACAGCUAUUGCGAUAACAAAGGUCCCACUGUAACGAUUGUUAGGGUCGGGAUCUAUAUCUUUGGAGGCUACAACGACAAUUCAUGGCAAUGUAAGUCCGUGAAAUAG